CUUCUUGUUCAGAGUGCUGAGCUGUACCUUCCCGGUCCGAGCGAAGAGGGACCCAACUAUGCCGCUUUAUCAGACCUGGGAAGAGUUCACUCGUGCAGCGGAGAAACUCUACUUGUCCGACCCUAUGAAGGUCCGAGUCGUACUCAAGUACCGACAUUGUGAUGGAAAUCUGUGUAUUAAAGUAACAGAUGAUGUUGUUUGUCUACUCUAUAGGACAGAUCAGGCUCAAGAUGUAAAGAAAAUUGAGAAAUUUCAUAGUCAAUUAAUGCGACUGAUGGUAGCCAAAGAAUCCCGCAGUGUUGCCAUGGAAACAGACUGAAUAUCUGGAAAUAAAAUGAAUGUUCCAGUCACUGUAUCAUGGGAGGAAUGUAUCUGUUGGAUUUGGGCAUAUUUGGAAUGGACACACGAUGGCAUCAAGUGGACUGUUAAAAUUGAGUUUUGUAAGGAUUUGGGGGCUCCACUUCAGAGUGGCUGGUAGACUAUAUGCUUUCAUUGAAAGCUUCUAUUUAUUUUUCUUUCAAAUUUGAGUGAGGAAAUAUAUAUGUUCUUUCCUGGAAUUCUUAAAGGUUAAAGUAUACCCAGCCAGAUUUAUAACUUCCUUUCUUAAAUCUUUAGGAUAUUGCCUAAAAAUGGAAGGGUUUCUCUGAUGGGUUGAAGAAUGCUGUUAUAUAGAGGGGGUGGGUUGUGAAAUUUUAUGUUCUGUUAAAUUAGUGAUGUAUAAUCUUUAUAUAUUGAUGUAUUAUUUAGUUGGCAAAUAACAUCUGAUAGUGUUCUACUGGAAAAACAAGGAUGCUUGUGAAUCAAUGCUUGUGUCUAGACUUAAAGAUUCAGAACUGACUCUUGCUUUAUAACCAUAUAAACAUAUAAAACAUGUUCUGUUUGUUAACAGGCAAAUGCUAAACACAGCUAUUUCUGUUCUGUAUUUAAGACUGCUGGCAAAGACACCUUUGGUGAGAUGGGCAGCAUACAAGUUUGAUGAAUAAAUAAUUCAAACGCGCUUUGAUUUUGAAUGAUAGAAAGGAAUAAAGAUGUGCAGAACAUUUGAUCUUGAACUUCUAGAUUUUGAACCCGUUUCACACUUGAAUGAGACAUUUUGCAAAAUAUCAUGUUGAAAUGGUUUGAAACCAAAUGUUUACUAGUAGAAACACCUGAGGCAUAUGAAUAAAAUUGUGUAGAACUUUUAAAUAACUGCUACAGAAACCAGCCUUCAAGUGUCUUAUAAUUUCUUUUCAUAUGAAGUUCUCACUUUCAGAUGCUAAAUUAAGUAGUGGUCUACACAUUUAUUAUCAAAUACAGCUGAUGACGACAAAGCUUCACAAUCACACAAAGUAUAAAAUGGUAGGCAUAGCUUGCCAAU